AAUAAUUUUUUAGAUAUCAUUGUCAUUCAAGCAGUGUGUAAAACAUGUUGAUUAAUGUAAAUUUUGUGAUUUUUUUCUUCUGUGAAGUGGUUUUGUCAGUGAAUGCAGCAAAGAUUUUAAUAUUGUUCAAUCAUUUUGGUAAAAGUCACUAUUUUCAAGGAAAAGCAUUAGGCCAUGGCCUUGCUAGAGCUGGCCAUGAAGUGACUAUGGUUAGCGUGUUUCAGGAUAACAAGAAAGUCAAGGGGUACAAAGAAAUUUAUCUCGAUGGAAUUUUGGAGAGCUUAGGAAUGGAAACGAAUUUCGUAAAAGUUCCCAAAAUGUCAUCUAUGCGUAUGCUGGCUAUGUUUCAUCCUUAUUCUUUAAACUAUACUGAAAGUACACUCCAGCAUCCUAAGCUUCAAGCUUUGAUGAAAUCUGAUGAAACAUUCGACGUCAUAAUACUAGAAGAACUGACAAACGCAGCACUGAAGGCACUCUCUUGGCAUUUCAAAGCUCCACUAAUACUCUUCUGUCCCUUUGCACCACAUACUCCUGUCCAUAUUUUAGCGGGAAACUCUGCACCUCCAGCCUAUGUUGCUAACACAUUUCUUGGUUAUACCCAUUUCAUGACUUUCUGGGAAAGAUCAGUAAACACGUUCACCUAUAUAUUUGAGAUGUUGUUUUAUCAUUGGGUGACAACUCCAGCACAGGAAGAUCUGAUGAAAAAAUAUUUCCCAGAUUCGCCCGAUUUAGCGGAUAUCGAUAAAAAUGUUUCUCUUUUUUUAAUCAAUGACCACGAAAGUAUUAACUCGCCCAUUCCGCACGUUCCAAAUAUGAUCAAUAUUCUAGGCUUUCACCUUCAAGAUAAAACUGAAUUGCCCACUGAUUUGAAGGAGUAUAUGGAUGCAGCAAAAGACGGUGCGAUAUUAUUCAGCUUUGGUUCAUUUAUACAUCCAUCAGAAAUGGAUCCUAAAAUUAAGCAAGCUAUUAUCAAAUCUCUCGGUAAACUAAAGCAGAAAGUAUUAUGGAAAACUGACGAAGAAAAUUUCACUGGAAAACCUGCUAAUAUGAAGCUCAGUAAAUGGGUCCCACAAGAAGCAAUUUUGGCUCACCCUAAUUGUAAGCUAUUCAUUACUCAUGGUGGUUUUCUAAGUACUAUUGAAACUAUUUACCAUGGAGUCCCGAUUUUGGCUGUUCCUUUUAUCGGAGAUCAGGACUUAAAUUCUGGUAGAAUGGUAGAAUUAGGCGUCGGACUUAAAACAGAAUUCAGUGAAAUAACAGAAGAAAAGUUAGACUAUCUUUUAAGUCAGCUGCUUAACAAUAAAAAGUACAGCCAGAAUGCCAAGAAGAGAUCUAAUUUAAUUCGAGAUCGCCCUGUCAAACCUAUCGAUCUUGCAGUGUAUUGGGUUGAGUAUGUAAUCAGAAACAAAGAUCUGUCUCAUAUGCGAGUUGCUGCUCUUGAACUAAGGUGGUACCAGUAUCUCCUGUUAGAUGUUAUUUUAGUUUGGGGUUUAGGUGCCUUGGUUGUGAUAUUUAUUUUAUUACUAUUUAUUUAUUCACUGUACUACUACACUGUUUACUCCAUUUUAAAGAGUUUAUUUUGUAAAAAAGAAAAAGUAAAAACGAGUUUUUUUAAACUGCUGGUCUUCGCCAAAAAUAUGCGCUUCAAUAUAAAUUUUGUUUUACUUUUAUUUUGUAAUGGACUGGGAACUCUAUAUUCAUCAAAAAUCCUACUAGUGUUUAGUUACUUUGGGAAAAGUCACUACUUUCAAGGAAAAGCUUUAGGGCAUGGUCUUGCCAGAGCUGGUCAUGACGUAACGAUGGUCAGCGCUUUUCAAGAUCACGAAAAGGUUAAGGGAUACAAAGAAAUUUAUCUGGAUGGAAUAGCGAGUAAAUCAGGCAUGGACACUAAUUUCCUAACCUGUUCGGAUAAUUCAACGACACAAAUGAUGCUUGCUUUCUAUCAAGCCGGCUUAAACUACGUAGAAUUAUCACUAGGACAUCCCAAAUUUCAAGAGUUGUUAAAAUCAAAUGAAAAAUUUGACAUUGUUAUUGUAGAAGAUCUGAUAUGUCCACCUCUUAAAGCCGUAGCUUGGUAUUUUAAUGCUCCGUUAGUACUCUUCAGUCCCUUUGCUCCCUUAUCAACUUUUCAUGCGAUGGCAGGAAAUGUAGCUCCUCCGUCAUAUGUAGUUAACACUUUACAAGGAAAACCACGAUUUAUGAACUUUUGGGAAAGAUCAUCCAAUAUGUAUACAUAUCUAUUUGAAAUGCUCUACGAACAUUUUAUACUUUAUCCAAAGCAUGAAACUAUUAUGAAGAAAUUCUUUCCUGGCUGUCCAGACAUGGCAACCGUUGACAAAAGUGUUGCUCUAUUUUUAAUUAAUGAUCACGAGAGUGUUACUGCUCCUAUACCUCAUGUACCCAAUAUGGUUAAUAUUUUAGGCUUUCACAUCAAAGACAAAAACGCAUUGCCUAAGGAUCUGCAAGAAGAUAUGGAUGCAGCCAACAAUGGUGUAAUAUUAUUUAGCUUUGGUUCAUUUGUGAAGCCAGCACAAAUGGAUCCACAAGUUAAAAGCGCCAUCUUGAAUUCGUUGGGAAAACUGAAUCAAACAGUAUUAUGGAAAACCGAUGAGGUCAAUAUUCCCGGUAAACCGGAAAAUGUAAAAUUGUAUAAAUGGCUUCCACAAACAGACAUUUUGGCUCACAAAAACUGCAAACUAUUCAUAACUCACGCCGGUUUUAUGAGUACAAUCGAAACUAUUUACUACGCAGUUCCAAUCUUAGCCAUACCAUUCCUGGGAGACCAGAGAACAAAUACAAUAAGGAUGAUGGAAAUGGGCAUCGGACUAACUACAGAAUUAGAGGAUAUUACAGAACAAAAACUCGAUUUUAUGUUACAUCAACUUCUUUACAAUAACACGUACCAGAAAAAUAUUCAAAGGAGGUCUGCACUGCUGAAAGAUCGACCUGUUAAACCAAUGGAUCUAAUUGUCUAUUGGGUGGAGUAUGUUAUUCGGCACAAAGAUCUCUCCCAUAUGCGAGUAGCCGGUCUCGAACUCACUUGGUACCAGUACUUACUUCUAGAUGUUAUCUUAGCCUGGACUGUAGGAGUUCUAAUUGUGCUAUUGAUAAUAUGUUAUAUUUUAAAGCAUUUGCUGAGUAUGUUUACACGAACGAGAAAACUGAAAACCAAUUAAAUAUUUUACUAGCAA